AUGUCGGUUCCAGCUUCCCCUACCCCCGUCCCGCUGUCUGCUCCUUCUCCCAUUGAGCAUGCUGCUCGCUCUCCGCCGGCAUGCAGUCCCUCGACGAGCCUGAGCCUGAGCUCGAGCCCGCCGGGAGUCUACCAGACCACCCGCGUUGCCUAUAUUCCGGGCUUGGGUCCCCCUUCAUAUCUGUCACCAACAGUGCGCGCACUCAAACAAGGCGUAUGUGGACUGACACCUCCCAGCAAUGCGCGAACACGAGCUCCCUUCAAGCCCCGCUCCGCCGCCAAGGGUACCAGCAGCUACCAGUUGAGGCAGUUUGCCGAGGCCACCCUGGGCAGUGGGAGUCUACGCAAGGCUGUGAAGUUGCCCGAAGGCGAAGAUCUGAAUGAAUGGCUGGCAGUCAAUGUGGUCGACUUUUACAAUCAGAUCAACCUUCUCUACGGCUCCAUUACCGAGUUCUGCUCCCCGCAAUCAUGUCCCGAGAUGAAGGCAACGGAUGAAUUCGAGUACCUCUGGCAAGACUCGGACAAGUUCAAGCGACCGACCAAGAUGUCGGCCCCCGAAUACAUUGAGCACCUCAUGAGCUGGGUCCAGGGCAACGUGGACAACGAGCAGAUGUUCCCUAGUCGCAUUGGUGUUCCUUUCCCCAAAACAUUCCCCAGUCUACUGCGACAGAUCUUCAAGCGUCUGUACCGCGUCUACGCCCACAUUUAUUGUCAUCACUACCCCGUCGUGGUGCACUUGGGCCUCGAACCCCACCUGAACACUAGUUUCAAACACUAUGUCCUCUUCAUCGAUGAGCACAAGUUGGCGAGUGGGAAGGAUUAUUGGGGGCCGUUGGGCGACCUGGUGGACAGCAUGCUGCGCAGUGACUGA